AUGCAGAACCUCUCAAUCCUCCAUGUGGACCAGAACGGCUUCAGGCCAGCCUCGGCAGCCUUGGGCCCGGAGUCCGCAGCGCUGGCGCAGCUGAAGGCCUUGCAUGAGCUCGAUCAGAAGUCCAUCUUGAGUUCCAUGGAGGCCAAUGCUGUGAGGCGCAAAGAGCAGGGGAACUUGGCAAUGGAGAAGAGCGAGUACCGUCACGCGGUCAAGGAGUACAGCCAUGCCCUGAGCCAUGCCCAGGACAUGAUGGACUUCCUGGAGGUCGAGAAGUCUCAGCCUAUGAAUGGAUACCAAUUGAGAGCCCUGGCGAAGGGAGUGCCACUUCCUGGCCGCGGGCCGGCAGCCUUGCAGCCAUUUCGUGCAGUGGUGUUGGCCAGCCGGGCCUUGGCCUUCCUUCGCCUCGAUGCCUACGACCGCGCAGCACAGGAUGCUGAGCUGGCCUGCCAGAUCGAGCCCCGAUACUUGAAGGCGUGGAUACGCCGAGCGGCCGCCCUCGCUGCUGCGAACCUUCGCUCGGAAGCCCUGGAAGUUUUGGACGAGGCUCUGUGCAGAGCCUGCCCAACAGACCUUUUGCGUGAGCAGGUGUGCAAGCUGAUUGUGAACCUGCGAAACCUGGUGAAUGUCGAGGUCAAGGAGCCAGAGAAGGACCUGCCAGUGAUUUUCGCCGAGGCUGAGAAAGCGCAGAGAAACCAUCAACAGGGAAGGCCGCCAACUCGUAAAGUGAAAGUGACGAGACGAAGGAAGACAGGAACGGAGGAAUCUGAAGAUGCAUCAAGGCCAUCGGCAAGUCCUGGUAACGCUUGA